AGAAAAAAAAAAAAAGGUAAAAAACUUCCCUCUCUAUAUUUAUUUAAAUUUCCUGCCCAGAAAUUGCUACUCGCCACACUUCUCACCUAUCUUCUCCUUCCCCCCAGCAAACUCUCUCCCUCUGUUCUCUCAUUCUGCAGUAGCUAUGGAUCCUUACAAGCACCGGCCGUCGAGCGCUUUCAACUCCCCAUUCUGGACUACUAACUCCGGUGCUCCGGUCUGGAACAACAACUCCUCCUUAACUGUUGGAAACAGAGGUCCGAUUCUCCUCGAGGACUACCACCUGGUAGAGAAACUUGCCAACUUUGACAGGGAGAGGAUCCCAGAGCGUGUGGUCCAUGCCAGGGGAGCUAGUGCAAAGGGAUUCUUUGAGGUCACCCAUGAUAUCACUCACCUCACCUGUGCUGAUUUCCUCCGGGCACCCGGGGUUCAGACUCCAGUCAUUGUCCGUUUCUCCACUGUUAUUCAUGAGCGUGGCAGCCCCGAAACACUCAGGGAUCCCCGAGGCUUUGCUGUGAAGUUUUAUACCAGAGAGGGGAACUUUGACAUGGUUGGAAACAACUUCCCUGUCUUCUUCAUCCGUGAUGGCAUGAAGUUCCCUGACAUGGUCCACGCCCUGAAGCCGAACCCAAAGUCCCACAUCCAGGAUAACUGGAGGAUUGUCGACUUCUUCUCUCACCACCCUGAGAGCCUCCACAUGUUCGCUUUCCUCUUCGACGACAUUGGCAUCCCUCAGGACUACCGUCACAUGGAUGGCUCCGGUGUCAACACUUACAUGCUCAUCAACAAGGCCGGGAAGGCCCAUUACGUGAAGUUCCACUGGAAGGCCACUUGCGGGGUGAAGUCUCUUCUUGAGGAUGAAGCCAUUAGGGUGGGAGGAUCCAACCACAGCCAUGCAACUCAGGAUCUUUAUGACUCAAUUGCUGCAGGAAACUACCCUGAAUGGAAACUUUUCAUUCAAACUAUCGACCCUGAUCAUGAGGACAGGUUCGACUUCGACCCUCUCGAUGUGACCAAGACUUGGCCCGAGGAUAUCUUACCUCUUCAGCCAGUUGGGAGAUUGGUCCUGAACAAGAAUAUUGACAACUUCUUCGCGGAGAAUGAGCAGCUUGCUUUUUGCCCUGGUAUUGUGGUUCCGGGUAUCUAUUAUUCAGAUGAUAAGCUGCUACAGACCAGGAUCUUCUCUUACUCCGAUACUCAGAGGCACCGUCUCGGGCCAAACUACCUGCAGCUCCCUGCAAAUGCGCCAAAAUGCGCUCAUCACAACAAUCACUACGAUGGUUUCAUGAACUUCAUGCACAGAGAUGAAGAGAUCGAUUACUUCCCGUCGAGGUACGAUCCCGUUCGCCAUGCUGAGAGGUACCCUAUUCCCCCUGUUGCAUUGAGCGGAAGGCGGGAAAAGUCUGUGAUUACAAAGGAGAACAACUUUAAGCAACCUGGGGAGAGGUACCGAUCAUGGGCACCUGACAGGCAAGAAAGGUUCAUCAAGCGGUGGGUUGAGGCACUGUCUGAUCCGCGCGUCACCUACGAGAUCCGCAGCAUCUGGGUGUCAUACUGGUCUCAGGCUGACAAGUCUCUGGGUCAGAAGCUUGCAUCUCGUCUCAACGUGCGCCCUAGCAUGUGAAGACACAUCCGAAGCUCAAUGUUUUGAGCUGCAGAGAGGGGUUAUGGUGUAGCCGAGCUGAAUCUGUUCCAUCUGUUGUCUCCAUAUUGCUAAGCUAAGCUUUGUUACAUUUUUCCCAUCUCAUGGAAUUCUGUUCAGACUGAUAUGUUCCCAUUCCACCUAAUAAGUUUCCCAAUUAUACGUGCUACAGUGCAGAAAACCUGUUUUUGAUCUUCAACUUCCAUUGACAAUUGAAAUGGCAUCGUAUAUCCUUUUGGGAGAUAUACAUGCUUGAUUCAGUUUA